GACAACAUCAGAAAGGUGCGGAAAAGAGUAAAAGGCAUUCUUGUAGAUAUUGGACUUGACAGUUGCAAGGAGUUGUUGAAGGAACAUCAGAGCCUAACGGAGAAGUUUUGCAAGCUUAUCACUCAGCUAGUAUUGGAAGUGUGCAGCCUUGCUGGAUGAAGUGGGUCACUGGGACAGGCUUGAGGUUUCUAGCCUGACCCUACAUCCUAUCCUGUUUCCUGACUGUGGAUCCAGUGUGACCAGAUGCCUCAUGCCCCUGCUGUCAUGCCAUAAUGGACUGUAAGCCAAACCAACCCUUCCUUCCUUAAGCUGCUUCUUGUCAGGACCUUAAAGGCUUUGAUCCAGGAGAGAAGUAUUUUUGUAACACAUCAUGGGGAGAUGUUUCUCCUUGGGAACCUUCUGGAAAGAAAGUGAGAUACCGAACAAAGCCUUACUGUUGUAGCCUCUGCAAGUACUCGACAAAGGUGCUCACUUCACUCAAAAACCAUUUGCAUCGGAACCAUGAAGAUGAAGCUGAUCAGGAGCUGCUGAUAUCUUGCCCUAACUGCCCAUUUGCCUCACAGCCCAGGGUGGUGGGCAAGCACUUCAGGAUGUUCCAUGCCCCUUCCCGGAAAGUCCAAAACUACACGGUGAACAUUCUGGGUGAGGCCAAGACAUCAAGGAGCGACGUAAUAAGCUUCACGUGUUUAAAAUGUAACUUUUCUAACACUUUGUACUACAGCAUGAAGAAGCAUGUGCUGGUGGCCCAUUUUCAUUAUUUAAUUAACUCCUAUUUUGGUCUGCGAACUGAAGAAACGGGGGAGCAACCAAAAGUGGGUGAUACUCUAUCUAUGGAUAAGACUGCACCACCUGACAAAUACUACUGUAAAAAAUGCAGCGCCAGUGCUAGCAGCCAGGAUGCUCUGAUGUAUCACAUUUUGACAUCGGAUGUACACAGGGACUUAGAGAACAAACUGAGGUCUGUGAUUUCAGAACACAUCAAGAGGGCUGGCCUUCUGAAGCAAAUGCAUAUUGCUCCAAAACCAGCGGCCCGCAUGGCCUUACCGCCAACUAGCAGUGCUCCGGGCAUUGCAGCGCCGCCACCUUGCUUUCAUCUUACCUUGCCGCAGAACAGCCAAAGCCCAGCCAUGGGGCAGCCAGUGACUGCGGCCCAAGGUACUUCUGGGAGCCUUACUCAUUCUCCACCUACCACAGCCCAGUCUCAUGUAACCCUGGUCUCCAGCCCUCUGCCUGUGUGCCAGAGUAACCUCACUCUUCAGCCCUCAGCUCCCCCACCUGUCUUUCUCUCCCACAGUGUUCCGCUUAAUCAGACUGUGAAUGCUCCUGUACUGCCUCUGACUCAGCCAGUUGGACCUGCCAGUAAGUCUGUUGGAACGAACAUCCUUCCCAUGAAUCAAGCCAUCCGCCCCAUGAAUCAAGCUGUUCGCCCUGGAGUUUUAUCCCUCACACGGCCAACAGGGCCCAUCAGUAGGCCCGUGGGUCCUGGUGUCCUGCCUGCAGGUCCCUCUGUGAACCCUGGGGUUCUGCAGACUGCCACUCCAGGAGUGAUUUCUAUGGGUCGGGCAGUCCCAUCAGGCGUCCUUCCUGCAGGCCAGGUGACACCUGCUGGGGUGAUCCCUGGGCAGACAGCAACGUCUGGGGUCCUGCCCACUGGCCAAGUAGUCCAAUCAGCUGUUCUCCCUGUUGGCCAGACAGCCCCUUCACGGGUUCUCCCCCCUGGCCAAACAGUGCCCCUGAGGGUUCUCCCUGCAGGCCAAGUGGUACCGCCUGGACUUCUGUCCCCCAACCAGCCAGUCCCGUCAGGUGUUGUGCCUGUGAACCAGGGUGUGGGUUCUGGUGUUCUUCAGCUCAGUCAGCCUGUCACAUCAGGAGUCCUUCCUGUGGGACCACCAGUGAGGCCUGGUAUGCUUCAGCUUAGUCAAUCUGUUGGCACCAGCAUCCUGCCUGUGAACCAGCCGGUGAGACCUGGAACUUCUCAGAACACUACCUUUCUCACUUCAGGCUCUAUUCUCAGACAGCUCAUCCCCACGGGGAAACAGGUGAACGGAAUCCCCACCUACACUCUGGCCCCCGUGUCUGUCACUCUGCCUGUGCCCUCUGCUGGAGGCCUUGCCACUGUUGCGCCACCCCAGGUCCCUGUUCAGUUCUUGCCCUCAGGCUCUAGCACUCAGAUGACCAGCUCCCUACCCAGCCUGCCCUCCCCGCAGGUGCUAGUGAGCGCAGCCCCAAGUGUGUUUGUUCAGGCCACCUCUCCCGUGGGAGAUGCGAACCAGGCACUCAAGCAGGCCAAGCAGUGGAAAACCUGUCGGGUUUGCAAUGAGCUGUUCCCUUCCAACGUCUACCAGGUCCACAUGGAAGUAGCUCACAAGCAGAGUGAGUCUCAGCUCUGCCGAGUUUGCAAUGAGCUGUUCCCUGCCAACGUCUACCAGGUCCACAUGGAAGUAGCUCACAAGCAGAGUGAAUCCAAGCCUAGUGAGAAACUUGAGCCUGAAAAGUUGGCAGCAUGUGCCCCGUUUCUGAAGUGGAUGAGGGAGAAGACAGUGCGCUGCCUGUCCUGCAAGUGCCUGGUCUCCCAGGAGGAGCUGAUGCACCACUUGCUCAUGCAUGGCUUGGGGUGCCUGUUUUGUCCAUGCACUUUCCACGAUGUCCGGGGCCUCGUGGAGCACAGCAGGACUAAGCACCUGGGCAAGAAGAGGCUGUCUAUGGAUUAUAGUAACAGAGGUUUCCAGCUGGACCUGGAUGCUAACGGCAACCUACUCUUUCCCCAUCUUGAUUUCAUCACCAUACUGCCACGGGAGAAGCUUGGGGAGCGAGAGGUCUACCUGGCCAUCCUUGCUGGAAUACACUCCAAGUCACUGGUGCCAGUGUAUGUGAAGGUGAGGCCCCAGCCUGAGGUUGUGCCCAAGAUGCCCAGCAAACAGAAGCUGACCUGCCCUUUUUGUUUCUUCACAUUCAUGAUGGCUGAUGCUUAUGAGCUGCAUCUGAAGGAGAGGCACCAUGUCAUGCCUACUGUCCACACGAUGCUUAGGUCUCCGGCCUUCAAGUGCAUCCACUGCUGUGGGGUCUACACUGGAAAUAUGACCCUGGCAGCCAUUGCUGUUCAUCUGCUGCGGUGUAGAAGUGCUCCCAAGGACAGCAGUUCAGACCUACAAGUCCAGCCAGGUUUUAUUGAAAGCAGUGAAUUGCUAUUGGUCAAUGGGGAGGUGAUGCCUGAGUCUGCCUUUGCUGUAAAGAGAAAGCUGCCAGAUGGUCAUUUGGGGCCAGGAGAGCAGAAGGACGGGGAAGAGCCUUCACUUGCCCUAAAUGCUGAUGCAGCACCGGGUCCAGAUAAAGGGUCUAGUGCUGUGCCUUUGAAGAGACAGAGGAAUGAAGGCAGGACAGAGGGACCAGGGGCCAGUGAUGACACUCUCCAGGUGUUAGCAUUAGAUCCCAGUAAGUAUGAAGGCCGUUCGUAUGAAGAAAAAAAGCAGUUUCUUAGGGAUUAUUUCCAUAAGAGACCAUACCCUAGUAGAAAAGAAAUGGAACUGUUGUCUUCACUGUUAUGGGUAUGGAAAAUUGAUGUGGCUUCAUUUUUUGGAAAAAGAAGGUAUAUUUGCAUGAAAGCAAUAAAAACCCACAAGCCCUCUGUGCUUCUAGGCUUUGAUAUGUCUGAACUUAAAAAUGUUAAACACAGACUGAAUUUUGAGUAUGAGUCGCAAAGCCUGUGAAAAAGUUAAACUAGGCAGUGGUUUCCAGCUGACUGACUUUGGGUGCCCUCGUCACUUUGUCCUCAGUCUCUGAGGCCCUUCAGGGUGAUCCAGGUGCUCAGAAAGACUCCUGUUAAGGAGACAGAUAAUUCCUCAGAUGUACUGUUUCUUGCAGUUUGAUUUGUAAUGGUUACUGUCAGCUUUUUUUUUCCUGUCAUGUAAAUUAGAUAUUUUGGUAUUCUGUGCACGCCUUGUUUUCCUAGGAGUGUCAGUAUCAAAUGAUAAGAAACUGAAAUCUUCAAAUACUUAUGUAUUUUUUUAAAGGAAAAUUUGCUUGUUUGAGAAUACUUGAUUAUUAAACAUUUAAAGCAUUGCUUAUCCCCAUCUUUGCAGACAGCAGCUAAAGGACGUUACAUGUUUAGAGCAGUGAGUACUGUGAUACAUAUAUGGCUCCCCGAGAACACACUUUUUAAGCAUUAACUUCUGCUGAAUCUAUGAACGCUGUUUGCUUAUGAGAUUAUAAUUUUGAUUUACAUUUUUUCAGGUUUCUCCUGGCACUGUUUUUUUAAAAAUAUAAUUCAUAGAAAACCAGAUGUUUUUCAUUUAUUAAAAAUACUUUUAGCCUGAGGUCUGGUGUGCCACUGAUAAUCAAAUGUUGCUCUCUAAAUAAAGUCUCCAGGAGUGGAAGUGCUUUCCAGUGCAGACUUUCUUCUGAUGUGGUGACAGCUCAUUUUUCCAUUCAAAGGUUCUUUAGUGCCUUUAGGAUAAACUGAAAACAUCAAGAACUCUUCCUUGCCCUUGCUGAAGCUGCUCACAAGCCAGCAGGAGGGAAGGACAGGACGCACAGGGAGCCCCUGCUGCUCCUGCAUUUGAGCUCUGAAUGAGGUGGAGAGCAGGUUUCAGGCACAAGGUGAAGGGCAGACCAGGAGCUCCGCUGGUUGGAAUAGCUCAGGAUAUGUGUGUUAGAGUUGGAGAUGUGGGUUCUCCUCUAGCCCAGGUAUCCAGAUCAACAGGAUGAAUCUCUACUGUCCUCUGGAUGCCAAACCUUGUUUUUGUUUUUGUUUUUGUUUUUCUAUCAAUAUAACUAACUUAAAGCGCCAAAGCUGGCAACAAGGACCAGCUGAUAUCCAAGGCAUCCCUCCGUUAGUGGUUAGUGCACAGCAGAGAGCCUGCCCACCUUUGGGUAGAGGAUCUGGAGGUGUGAUGGCCUCUGGGAAAUCUGGCAGUGUUGCUACAUGGGUUUUUUAACUAUAACACUUGCAUGUAAUUACUGUAAUGUGCACUUCAAGGCAGUUGUGAAACUGGUCUGUGACUAUUGGUGUACUCUUGUAAAUUCAGAGCUUGUUGGACUUUAUUUUUUUUUAUUGUUUUCAGAGUGUCUAUUUUGAAUUAAAAUUUGUUACACCACUGCAA